AUGAAUUCAAAAACCGACCAUCCAACAUAUGACAACAGCUUAUUAUCCUCUCAAGUACCUGGUCCGGUUGGAUUAUUACCAAAACUGAAAUCAGCCGACGAAUUAAAACGUUUAAAAUUCGACAAGAUCAAUACCGAUCACCCAUUUCUUAAUGAUAGUCAGUCGACACAAGUUUCAAAAAGACAAAAAACCGAUACAGACGUAUGUAAAAGACCGCUUUCUCAUACACGUUUUGGUAGUAAUAAAAAAAUUCCAUUAAUGUGUGUUACUGUCACAAAAUAUGAUAAACAUGGUGUUACGAUUCUACUUGAUAGAUCAGGUGAUAUUCGUGCUUCAUUUGUUGGCGAUGAAGAUCUACUCGAGCAUUUAAGUAUUCAUAUUGGAAACACACUGCUUCUCAGAAAGGUUUCGAUUUAUACAUCAUCAAAUCGUAAUGACCAUUAUAUAAAUAUCAUACCGCAUAAUAUAAUCGCUAUACAAGAUAUAUCGCAAACUGAUUUUAUUUAUCCAAUUUCAUUUGAAGAAACAAAAAAUGAUUUAAAAUAUAUUCAAAAUGAACUGAUUGAUUAUUUUGAUGCUACGAAAAAUGAUGAAACAUUUCAUAUUCUAUCUCAGUCGCAACAACAGAAAGGAAAUGAAGUUACAGUAGCCUCUUCAUUUUCAGCAAUCAAUGUCAGCAAAAACAAGCGAAAUUCACUUCUAUCAGAGCAACAUGUACAAUCAUCAUCAAAUACAUUAAACAAAGUUUCUAAACAACCGAAAGAAACAAGAAACGGUAUUACGCCAACAAAUAUGAACAAAAACAUUGAAAACAAUAUUUUACAUCAGCAGUCAGUGGUAGACGAUCAAAAUUCAAGUAAAGAAGUUGACUUAGUAGAGAAUAUAUGGAGAUACAAACACUCCGACUACACUACGCCCUUAAUUACGAUUAGCUUCUUAAGUGCAUACCACUAG